CUCGCCGGCCCUCCUCAAGUCAGCGCACUCUUAUUUAUAUAGUCCACGCCCUCCGCCCCCCCCGUGGCGGUUUUCCUUUCUCCACACCCGGCGGAGUCUGCUGCUCUCUCUCUCCCAGUCACAGUCCGUCAGUCACGGCAUUCCGUCUCGCAUUCCCCGAGUGCCAGUAUUCGCUCUCUCUUGACGCCUAUUCGACUCCUGCUCAGCUUCCUCUCCCUCCCUCCCAUCCACCCAUCCAUCCAUCCUUCUCCCCCGCCCAGACAGACAGACAGGCAGACAGCCUCUUCCUUCUUCUCCCAUCCCGUAUUCGAUCCGAUCUCGCUCGUGCAUUCCUCGCUGCCACUCACCACCUCUUCUUACUCUACCACCCGCCUGUUCUCGUCCCCGAGGACAACCCGGCGGUGGUGACCUCGAAUUCUCCCCUCACGACAACGUCCGCCUGAACAUCCCGACUUGUCAAUUCUUCGUAUUCACCUUCUUUGGAGAGUUUCGCACUAUGGCGGACAAAGUAGGCGUCUAUAUCCCCCAAUAUGCGUCGUACAACUGGACUGGUGCCCCCUCCGACUACGAGGCACUCACGACCAAUGAAAUCGGUGGCAAUUCCAGAACGGAAAACUUGAACAAAUGGUUUCAAUCCGGUGAUCAGGCGUACAUCAUCGUGGCCUCGGCCAUGGUUAUGGUUAUGGUCCCCGGUCUGGCCUUCCUCUACUCGGGUCUCGCACGCCGUAAGUCGGCUUUGAGUAUGAUCUGGGCCUGUAUGGCCUCAUUCUCCGUCGUCACCUUCCAGUGGUACUUCUGGGGUUACUCUCUCGCCUUUUCGCCCACUGCAACCAACGGAUACAUUGGUAACCUGCGUAACUUCGGCUUGAUGAAGACGUUGGCUGAUCCCAGCCCUGGCUCGCCUCUCAUUCCUAACCUUCUCUACGCCUUUUACCAGAUGCAAUUCUGUGGAGUAACAGCAGCGAUUAUCAUGGGAGCUGUGGCGGAACGUGGACGCAUGCUGCCGGCGAUGGUAUUCGUCUUCAUCUGGGCCACGAUAGUGUACUGUCCUCUAGCAUGCUGGGCAUGGAACGUGAACGGCUGGGCGUACAAAUACGGUGUCUUGGAUUACGCGGGUGGUGGCCCCGUCGAGAUCGGCUCUGGUCUGUCAGCGCUCGCCUACUCGAUGGUCCUGGGUCGUCGACAGGAGCGGAUGAUGCUGAAUUUCCGUCCCCACAACGUCUCCCUCAUUCUUUUGGGCACCGUGUUCCUUUGGUUCGGAUGGCUGGGAUUCAACGGUGGCUCGGCAUUUGGAGCGAACCUUCGUGCCACCAUGGCUUGCUGGAACUCUAACCUGACCGGUGCCUUUGCGGGCAUUACCUGGGUUCUCCUCGAUUGGCGGCUGGCUCGGAAGUGGUCCAUGGUCGGUUGGUGCUCUGGAACCAUCUCGGGCCUGGUCGCGGCCACCCCAGCAUCUGGCUUCAUCCCCCCGUGGGCGAGUGUGAUCUUGGGCGUUGUGACCGGUAUUGUUUGCAACUACUCCACCAAGGUGAAAUACUGGAUCCGCAUCGAUGACUCAAUGGAUGUGUUCGCCGAACACGGUGUUGCCGGAAUUGUUGGCCUGUUUUUCAACGCCCUCUUCGCUGACGACGCGAUUGUCGGCCUGGACGGUGUCAACACCGGAUCGAAGUCUGGAGGCUGGCUGAUCCACAACUACAAGCAGCUCUACAUUCAAAUUGCCUACAUUGUGGCCACCUGCGCCUAUGCGUUCACCAUGUCCGCCAUCAUCGCCUAUGCCAUCAACGCCAUCCCCGGCCUGAAACUGCGUGCGUCAGAAGAAGCCGAGCUGCUGGGUAUGGAUGAUGACCAGCUGGGAGAAUUCGCGUACGACUAUGUCGAAGUCCGUCGUGACUACCUUGCCUGGACCCCUCAGCAGCACAACCAGCUCGAAGACGGCCACCAGAUCCCCGCCGCUGCGCGGUACGGAAUCGGCGAGCACAGUGAGAUGAUGCUGGAUGGCCACGCCCCGGUCGGCGUGGACAGCCGCGGCUGCAGCGAAGGCGACUCGGGCAUCCAGGAGCUGAAGAUGCAGCCUGCCCCCCGACAGGUGGCAGAACAUCACGCGCCCCAUGAGCCUGAGCCCAUCGAGGAGCCUGUGCCUGCGACUCAGAUCAACGAAAAGGUUACGACCUGAACCGGUAUACAUCUCUAAACUCUAAUGUUUUGUGUCUUUAUGUGAUAUCCAGCGUUGCCGUUCUGAUUAGCCCGGCGGAGCCAUUUCUUGUACAUGUAUUAUUUUUGGCGGCGAUUUGGGUUUGGCGU